AUGACGUCAAAAAAGGCCGAGAAAUAUCAAAAGAUCGGCGCCACUUGCCGAGAGGGAAGAGACGCAGACACAAAAAGCAAGGCGCCGCACGCUAAAAGUGACGAGACGCAGACAGCGCGAAACGCUCUAUUUUCGAAAAAGAGUUCAGCGCCAAAAGAAAAAGGGGCGGAGCCUAUAUUCUGGAGUAUAAAAAGUGGAUUUUUCAAUGGAAAAAAUAUCAAUUCAACAAUGAAUUCUACUACUACUGCUAAUUUCAAGCUUUACUUGGCUCCCGGAGCCCAGGAGAGAUUUUCCCUGGAAUAUUCGAAUUUCGAAAAUCUGAUGGAGGCGUUGGAGAUGCGUUUGGGUGAGCUUGGGCUCACUUUGGACAUUGUAUUCUGGAGAAAUCCACUUGGCAAUUUGAUUUCGUUGGCGGCGCCAAAUGCCAGGAAGAUUCUGAAGGAUUCUGGAAAAAUCUCACUUCACGUCGUCCCGGAUUCUGAUUCUGAGGAUUCUGAAGACUCUGAGGAUUCAGGAGAAGAGGAUUCUGGAGAUGAAGACGUCGUGGUUGUCGAGGAGGUGGCUCCAAACCGCCAACGUGGAAUUCGACGAUUCGGAGGCUUCGUAGGCUUCAGAAGACGUUGUGGAGGAUUCAGAAGACGUCACUCAGCUCCACCGUGCCAGAAACGUCGUCGCCUGAAUUCUGAAGCGUCUGAAGGCGUCGGAAGAUGUGAAAGAAGACGUCAUGGAGGAAUUGGAGGCUUCAGAAGACACCAUCAUGGAUUCCCAGGAUUCAGUAGACGUCAAGGAGUAUUUGGAGGAUUCGGAGGCUUCCCAGGAGGACCAGAAGACCCACGUGGACCAUUCCCAGGCGCCGAAGGAGCCAGACGACGUCACGGAUGUGGAGGAAGAAAGCGUAGAGCAGAUGGACCCCAUGGAAACCAAGGAUUUGGACAAGGACCCCAUGGCCACCAUAUGGGAUCCCAUGGAUUUGGUCACCAUGGAUUUGGAGGAUUCGGAGGAUUCGGAGGACGUCAUCAUGGAUUUGGAGGUCACCAUGGCCACCAUAUGGGAUCCCAUGGAUUUGGCCACCAUGGAUUCGGAGGAUUCGAAGGACGUCAUCAUGGUUUUGGAGGUCACCAUGGUCACCAUAUGGGAGGACCCCAUGGAUUCGGUCACCAUGGAUUUGGAGGAUUCGGAAGACCAUGCUAA